AUGGAGCGUAAUCCUACCAUUCAAGAUGAGGACGUCUCUCAGUUUUGUGCCAUGACCGGGGUACGCCCUGAGCAAGCACAGGAGUACCUCGCAGCCAAUGGAGGAGAUCUUGAGGCUGCGGUGACUGAAUUCUUUGCCGAACAAGAUGAAGCUUUACAAGAGGGAAACACAGGUGCUGGCCAGACUCUUGGAGAAAGCGAAUCGGUGCCGUCCACAGGCCGGUCCCUAGCUGGCAGCUCCUCUCAGUCACCAUCGUUCCCCCCCCAACAAUCUUCCACAUCACGCAAAUCUGCCCCGAAAAAGAAAUUCGCGACGCUGGGUGAUUUCUCCUCCGGCGGUGGUGAUGACUCGGAAGAGGAAGAUGACGCAGUCAACCGGGAUCUGUUUGCUGGGGGUGAAAAGUCUGGGUUAGCUGUGCAGAACCCCGAUGAUAUCAAGAGGAAGAUCAUCGAAAAAGCAAAACGGUCUCAGGUCCCAGCGUCUGAUAACUCGGAACCCCAACGGUCUUUCUUUACAGGUCCCGCUCGCACGCUCGGCGGCGAUGACACCCCCAGUCGGGUCAUCGAUGUUCCAAACGAACCUGCCGCGCGACUACCACAGCGCGUUCAGCGGACACUACACUUCUGGGCUGAUGGGUUCUCCGUGGACGACGGUGAUCUUUACCACUCUGACGACCCCCGAAACGCAGAAAUUCUCGAUGGCAUUCGCCAGGGUCGCGCUCCCCUUUCUAUCAUGAAUGUGCAGCCGGGUCAGGAGGUCGAUGUGGAGAUCAAACAGCAUGAGGAAAAAUAUGUGAAGCCAAAGCCGAAAUACAAGCCUUUCGCUGGUACUGGACAGCGUCUCGGAAGCCCAACGCCGGGUGUGAGAACGCCAACUCCUCCCACUGCUCCUGCCGCCGGCCAGAUCAACUCAGACCCUAGCAAGCCUAAUGUGGAUGAAUCGCAGCCGAUCGUCACUCUCCAGGUCCGCCUUGGUGACGGAACACGCCUGACUUCCCGAUUCAACACUACGCAUACGAUUGGUGAUGUCUAUCAGUUUGUCUCUGCCGCCAGUUCGGAUAGUCAAAGCCGUCCCUGGGUGCUGAUGACCACAUUCCCCAGUAAGGAGCUCACUGACAAAACGGCUACCCUUGGAGAUCUGGCCGAGUUCAAGCGAGGAGGCGUCGUGGUACAGAAAUGGCAAUGA